GGCACGGCCAGUCAGUCGCUCGCAGCCCCCGAGCCGAGGCAGGCCCGACCCGACCGGAGCGGAGCGCGGGCGCGGACGGAGCUCUGCCGUGGGCGUUGGUGUGUGUGUGUGUGAGUGUGUGAGUGAGUGAGUGUGUGUGUGAGUGCGUGAGUGUGUGUGUCCGCGAGGCGCGGCGCGGCGCAGCGUAGUGCGGUGUGCGUGUGUGGUGCGGCCACACUGUGUGGCGGGGAUCGGGUCUGGGAGUGUCCCCCGGUGAGCCCCACCCGGCCCCACCCCGUCCUCGCCUACCUCGCGCUCUGGACACUGCAGGAUUAACCCCGGAGCGCGUGCGUGCGUGCGAGCGUGCGUGUGUGUAUGUGCAGCAGGGUGGGGCCACAGGCAGGCUCCAACCCUCCGGGCUCAAGCCUCCAGGCCCCGAGCGCUCCGGCCCCUGGCCCUCGGCCGUCGUUCCCCAUGUGCGGCUGAGACCCGGGACGGGGUCCCACACCAGCUUCCGUCACGUUCGUGAAGGCAGGCAAGAAGAUGGGGUGCGCAAUGUCGGCGGAGGAGCGCGCCGCGCUGGCGCGGUCCAAGCAGAUCGAGAAGAACCUGAAGGAGGACGGGAUACAGGCCGCGAAGGAUAUCAAACUAUUACUCUUAGGUGCCGGAGAAUCGGGGAAAAGUACUAUAGUGAAACAAAUGAAGAUUAUCCACGAGAGCGGGUUCACAUCAGAAGACUUCAAGCAGUACCGACCCGUGGUCUACAGCAACACAAUUCAGUCACUCGUCGCCAUUUUAAGGGCGAUGCCCAACCUAGGUAUUGCCUUCGCAAACAAUGAAAGAGAGACGGACGCUAAAAUGGUGUUCGACGUCAUCCAGAGAAUGGAGGAUACGGAGGCAUUUAGUGAGGAACUUCUAGCAGCAAUGAAACGUCUCUGGAGUGAUAGCGGGAUGCAGCAAUGUUUCCAGCGGUCCAACGAGUAUCAGCUCAACGACUCGGCCAAGUAUUUCCUGGAUGACCUGGACCGACUGGGUGCGAAAGACUACCAGCCUACAGAACAAGACAUUCUGCGCACAAGAGUCAAGACCACCGGCAUCGUAGAAGUCCACUUCUCGUUUAAAAACUUAAAUUUCAAAUUGUUCGACGUAGGAGGACAGCGGUCGGAAAGAAAAAAAUGGAUCCACUGCUUCGAAGAUGUAACAGCCAUCAUCUUCUGCGUGGCCAUGUCAGAAUACGACCAAGUCCUACACGAGGACGAGACCACGAACCGUAUGCAAGAAAGUUUGAAGCUUUUCGAUAGUAUCUGCAACAACAAAUGGUUCACGGACACUUCCAUCAUCCUUUUCCUCAACAAGAAAGAUUUGUUCGAGGACAAGAUCAAGAAGUCGCCGCUAACCAUUUGCUUCGUCGAGUACGGAGGUGCCCAGGAGUACGGCGAGGCCGCUGCCUACAUCCAGGCCCAGUUUGAGGCCAAGAACAAGUCCACGACGAAGGAGAUCUACUGCCACAUGACCUGCGCCACGGACACCAACAACAUCCAGUUUGUGUUCGACGCGGUCACAGAUGUCAUCAUAGCCAACAAUCUGCGCGGCUGCGGCCUCUAUUAGAUAGGCGCGUAUUAAGGGGGGAGGGGGGGACCACCCCCUAUGUCGGUAGCCUCCUUAAAGGUAGGCAAUUUGAGCUAUAAAACCUCUGUAUAUAGGCAACUUGCUCUACGCCGCCCCCUCUGUCGGCCAGCCCUUAAUACGGCCCCGCAACAAGCGCCUUUUCUAAACAAAAAAAGACUCUUGGACCAUCUUCAUCAUUGAUCGCUCCUUUGGCCCACCCACCCUCGUCGAACACGACUUGUUUUUUUAGGGGCUCGGAUUGUGCGCCACGUCUCGUCUCUAAUUCAUUUUCGGUGUACAUAAGUGUCUCUUUUAGUGUCUUGAAUGACCUUCCUGCUUUGGACACCUUCCUAUCAUUUUUGAAUGUUUCCCCCGUAUUGUUUUUUGUUCAACCAUACGCAAUAAAAUAUGAAAAAAAAACUUGUGAGUUUCGGACCAAGUCGGCCGGCUCUGGCUUUGGCCCGUGCGUUGGCCCAGGCUGGCGGGGACGACAAAACUGCUACAGUUUGCUAAUUUGAUAAUUCUAGUUUCUCUCUAUUAAAAAAAAAGAAAUUUGUCGUUGCGCCGUGUAUCAAAGACGGGCACGGCUCCCUAUAUCUCUUGGAAUGUAUUUAUAAAACGAAACAAAUUGUAAAUUUCAUAGAGCAAAAGCCAUUAUUCUAAUUAUUAAAUAUUACAAUUAAUUAAUAAUUGUGAAAGAUUUGAAAACUGCCACUGUUCUUUCCGUGUCAAAUCUAGUGCUCCGUUGUUGAGGUCUAUCUUGGCUUCCUAAGGAGCACUAGUGUUGUACAGUUUUGUUCGGUUGGUAGUUCCACAAGGGAGUGAAGUGCCAAUGCGUGUUCAGUUAGCGUUCAGCCCGAUGUCCUGAGAGACUCUCCGCCGAGGUUCAUGGUCGCUACGACGUCCCUGCGACGUCUUCUGACAGUCGUCGGAACGCUGUCGGGGCGUCGCACCGCCCGGUAUUCUUUUCGGAUUCUCCUUCGCGAUCAGGCGUGUUUUUUUGUUUUAAGUAAGUCACUACGUUGGUAGCUCGUUUUCACAGUCACUGAGUUAUCACAUCCUCCUCCUCCUCCUCCUGUCGAUUUUGUAACUAGCAUGUUUUCCUCACUAUUGCCUUCAUUACUUUCCAUUUUUCACAGCUUGUUCACUCCUCGUUUGUACUUUGUUGUCUUGCGGGCACAAACGAGGAACAUACGGUGAAUCAGGUCUCCUUAUGCAGACAUUUAUACGUACAUUGUCAAAGGUUUUGUCCAAUCAUUGUACAUAGUAGUAAGUUUUAUUUUGUUGCUAUUGUAGAAAAUAUUUUAAAAAGUUUUUUCAUGUUUCUUUUGCGGCUUUGUGACGAGAGGAUAUCCUAGAGUUAGUAAAUAAGUCUUAUUAUCUAGUCAUACGGGUUUGUCUUGCUGUGCUACCCGAUCUCUCUAUCCUUAUUUUCUUGCAGCACAAAGUGUGUUGUUUUGAUUAAACGUGACUAAAUUUCUCAUCCGCAAAAGACUUUCCACUUUGCCUUUCAUUUUUUAUCAUUACAAAAAAAAAGUACUUGCCUCGUGUUAUUGUUGUUGUUUUGUUGCGUUCAUUUUAUUGCGUUCAGACAUAUGAUUGCAAAGCAGUUGUUUAAAAAGCGUCUCGAAUAUUUGCGUUUCCGAACUCAUUCCUUGGCGGAUCAGGACAUUCCAUACUUUCGGCUAAAUCCUUAUUACGUUUCGGAAACGCGCAAAAUUUGAAUGUAGACGCUGGUAGACCGCACAACGCCCAAAGGAUCCUGCUAGUCGAGUGAACUGCCCUUUGUGUAUUUCAUGCUGAAACUCAAUUUCAAUUUUCGCUGGGCCACUUUACAACUUCGAAAGCCUUGUAGUCGUCAUUUUUAUUAUUUCAUAUGUAAGACUGUGCACAAUUUGUUUCUUGUUAUUGCUCUUUCACUGUGCUAUGAUGCGACUGGCAAUAUAUGCUAACGUUUCAUAAUUUUAAAUUAAUAUUUACCAUUGUUACUCUUCUUUUAAGUAAACAACGUGUUAAUUUCUGCGUCGCUCGACCCCACUUGGAACCCUUGUGUUCCAGGUACCCCUAGAUACGUUUCACGUACCUGUCAAGUACCUAUCAGGACUUACUAGCCACACUGGUACAACUUAUUGCAUUUAUUUAGCGAGGCUUGGUCGAGCUUGGCCUUCACCCUUGGCUGGCAGAAACCUCCUUCUGUACAGUGUUUAUUGAGUGUUUCAGCUUGAAAUAUAUUUUGAAAAUACAUGUCUGAUUACAUAAUAUAUAUUUUUGAACAUCAUUCCAUAUAACAUUGCACAAUCCUUUAAAGCUUUGGUUGAUAUUUUUUAUGUAUAAUUUGCUGUUUUGUUUUAUGGGGGGCUCUAGCUCAGUGUUUCAUUUUUUUUCUACAAAUCAAUAAGGUUCGUGUUAAACAAAAAGCAGUGCCCUCCUUUGUAACAAACCCAUUGUUCGCCCUCCUUGUUUCUUCCAAAAAUAGACAGUCUGUUCAAACUUGGUAGAUAAUUUCCUUUAAAGUGCUCCUUUGUACAGUUCUGUAUUUAUAUCUAGUAAUUAUAGACAUGUUGUGAGUGUCCUUAGAACGAGGAGUGUGUCCGGGGUGUCUGCGUGGUGCGGAACGCGCGUGGCUUUCUGUCAUAGACAGUGUUUUGGAAUUGACUCACUCUAAAGUUCAAAUUAAACCUUCGGCCUUUUGUAUCUUUGUAUAACGAAAAUAGUUUGCUUUCAUGAAGCUUCUGUGACUGUUCUUGGAUCAAAGGUCAUAGAAGCAACAAAUUUUUGUGAGUUCCCUGCCAAUGCCUGUGUGUCCGCACCCGCCAGACCAAAAAGAUAAUAAACUGUCGUUCGACAAAACCUGUAAACAGUCUGUAAAGAUUUCAUUAGGUCCCCUUUGGGGUAUUACCAUUUCUUUAACUUGCACAUAUGGUUUCACAUCUUCUGAAUUGUUGCUUUGUUGUGAAAAAAAUGAAGAGAAUAACAAUAAAAUUACAUUAAGAUAAAAUUUAAAGUUCAUGUUUCAAAAAAUAACUGUAGAAUGAAUUAUAUGAUUAUUAUUGUAUAAACAUUCGGAAAAAUGUUGUUCUCUGCUAAAUGUAUGUUUCUAUGUGAUGUGAGUAAGAAAAAUAAAGAAAGUAAUUACUGUAAACCUUAUUAUUUAAA